AUGGCCUCUCCAGUCCUUGCCAGCACCCCCCACAACAACAACAACAACAUAUCCUCCUCCUCCUCCUCCAACGACAAUCUCGCCCAACACAACCCCGACCCCUCCUCUCCCCCCUCCCACCCCCGCGAACCACACCACGCCCAGCACCAACAGCGCCCGCCCCCAAAUCCAAAGCGAAGCAACUUUGAUCUCGAGCCCAAUCCCUUCGAGCAGUCCUUCGCCCGUCCUACCAACGACUCCUCCCUCCGCACUCAGCAGAAGAGCCCUGACUCCCACAGCCGCUCCUCUCAAUCUCACUCUUCCCACGAUGACUCCCGCCCAGCCUCAAAAGCUCACGACCGCGACGACAGCGCAAAACCCACCCUACCUCCCAUAGACGCCAUCAGCUCUCCUUCCGACUCCUCCUAUGCUUGGGGCUUCUCUUCCGCAGGUCUCUCUAACUCGCUUCGCUCGGGGCCCCUGUCCCCGGCCAUGCUCGCUGGGCCUCAGCCGAACAGCCAUAACGAUGCCCCGCUCCCGAGCUUCGACCCGACCUCGUUCCGUACCGGCCUCACUCCUCGCACUGGUCUCACUCCCGGGACAGGCCUCACACCCAUCAUCGGCUCUGUAUUCCCUCCCCCGUCGCCUGGCACCGCGGCGUGGCUCAACCUUAUGAGUACGAAUGGUGCGCCUUCCCUCUCUAACGUCGCGACAAUCACCCCCAACACCCUCUCCGCUAUAACCGGAGCCCUACCCACGAGCACACCUCAUCACACCACGUCACCGACGAACCCCUCCCCCCUUUCCGUGUCACAUACCGCUGGAUACUCAGGUCAAACACGCGGGGACAAUCAGCCCACCAACGGCUCUUACGUCACAUCUGCUGCCGAGGCUGCGGCCUCCUCGACCAACGGCCUCUUUCUACUAUCUCAAGCUCAUCAAGAGCUCACCAAGCGAGAGCAGCAGGAGAAAGCCGCCGCAGCUAGCGCGCAGACGAACGGCAAUGGUGUCCCCGCGGCGAACGGGAAACGGGGUACCAAGAGGAAGAGUACCUACGAGGGUUCACCAACUGCGGAGAGUCCCGAACUCGCGUCGCAGUCAGCAGCGGCAAAGGCUCCCUCGAAGCGGACACGCUCGAGCACUACCGCGAGCACGAGUACCAAUGGACGUGGAAAGCGCGCGAGGUCGGAGGAUAGUAUGGGAGAAGAAGAAGAGGAGGAAGAAGAUGAAGCCUCCAUGCCGACUCCCACAUCCAACGGCAAGAAGGGCGGUGGAAACCAGCACAAAAAGCCUGAGACCGAAGAGGAGAAGCGGAGAAAUUUCCUCGAGCGAAAUCGACAAGCUGCCCUCAAAUGCCGGCAGCGGAAGAAGGCAUGGCUUGCACAACUCCAGGCCAAAGUCGAGUACCUCACGAACGAGAACGAGCGGCUCACUUCUGCCCUUGUUGCUUCUCGAGAGGAGAUCGCUCGUCUUUCGGCUCUUGUCGGUGCCGCGUCGGUCGGGCAGCCAGUUCCCCUCCCAGUGUCUGGUGCCGGCGCAAGCAUGUCCGUCAAUGCUGGAGUGGGCGUCGGGUCCGGUGUGAACGGUGCACCAGUCAGCGUGAACGUCAGUCUCCCACCACCCAGCAAGAGCGCGGUCGCGAUGGUCGGCGGUGGAGGCAGGGGUUAUGGCUAUUAG